GGGCUGACGCAGUUUUCAUGACACAUCCGGUUGGCAACGUCACUUCCGGUAGUGGUUCCUUCUCUGCUGACACGUAGCAGCACUUCUGAGUUGGCAGAUCCCUGUCUGGCUUUGUCAAACGCCAUAGUGAGAGAUGUCUGGGUUUGACAACUUCAACACAGACUUCUACCAGUCCAGCUACAGUGUAGAAGACCAAAACCAGGCUGGCCACGGAUACAACAAUGAGAACCCCCACAACAAGCAAUAUGGCCAAUAUGACUAUUCCCAGCCAAUGGGCUACCCCUCCCCAGGAAUGAUGCAGCCCCAGCAGCCAUACACAGGACAGAUCUUUCAGCCCACACAGACCUAUACCCCGUCCGCGUCUCAGUCCAUGUACAGUAGCAGCUUUGAUGACGAGCCGCCGCUACUGGAAGAAUUAGGUAUCAACUUUGACCACAUCUGGCAAAAGACGCUGACAGUCCUCCAUCCUUUGAAAGCGGCAGACGGCAGCAUUAUGAAUGAGACUGACCUGGCUGGCCCCAUGGUCUUCUGUUUGGCUUUUGGCGCAACACUCCUCUUGUCUGGUAAGAUCCAGUUUGGCUACGUUUACGGCAUCAGCGCCAUCGGCUGCCUGGGCAUGUACUGCUUGCUCAAUCUAAUGAGCAUGACGGGCGUGUCCUUCGGGUGCGUGGCCAGCGUGCUUGGUUACUGCCUCCUUCCCAUGAUCGUCCUGUCCAGCUUCGGAGUCAUCUUCUCGUUACAGGGCAUGCUUGGAAUCAUCCUGACGACGGCCAUCAUCAGUUGGUGCAGUCAGUCGGCGUCUAAGAUCUUCAUCUCCGCGUUGGCAAUGGACGGGCAGCAGCUCCUGGUGGCCUACCCGUGCGCGCUCCUGUACGGCGUCUUUGCGCUCAUCUCUGUCUUCUAGAGCAAACGUUUCAUGCAGGUUUGAAAUAACGGCUCUCCGCUUCUUCUGUGAUUGCAGUGUAAUUAGGCGUCUGUGCCACAAUGACCUAAUUACACCAAUUACAGUCACAGAAGUUUAUAACGGAGCCAAAAAUUCUAUUUUGAUAGUUUUUAUUUCAACAUCCACUAACAGUCUCCACAUUCCAAUGGGGCCAUCUGCGCUUUUUUUUCUUUCCGUCAUCCCACAUGGAGCCAGAAAGUUAAAAUGUGUGCUCCAUGAGGGACCGUAAUUGAACCAGCACAGCUUAACUAAAGGAGACACCGUGGACCACCUGUGCAGGUGCCGCAAUGUGCAUAAACUUGACUUCCACGCAGGACAAUCUGGACGUCUGAGGCUCUGCUCUGGAUUCGUUUCAGUCAGGAUGCUUUUUGCCAAGACAACAAAUCCAGUUUAUGCUGCAGCUUCUUUUUUUUUGUUCAAGAGGCAUCUAACGUCAUUUUUCAUCUUUGAACUUUUUUAAUAAUGCCUCUCAACGGAAAAACUAUUUGAUCAUCAAUGUUUAUUUUAGCGUCCACAACACUUUUGUAUACUUUGACGUGUCCUGUGUUGUCCGUGUCAAAGUGGGUUUUAAGGUGUACACUCAUGCACACGUGGUGUUAUGUUAAUAAAUAAGAGACUGAGAAAAACCGC